AUAACCUCCCUCUCCUCCUCCACUCCGCCCUCAGCUAUCUCUCCUCCCUAUCUCUCUCCCAACAAACACAUUCACAAUGCAGACCGCCGCCGUCAUCUUCUUCUCGGUGCUUCUCUCCGCCGCUGCCUUCCAUCCCGCUCUCGCCCUCGUCGACGGGUAUUUGCCGAAUGGCGAUUUUGAGAGGGGACCAAAGGCGUCGGAAAUGAACGGCACGGUGGUGAAAGGGCAGUUUGCGAUACCGGCGUGGGAAAUUUCAGGGUUCGUUGAGUACAUAAAAUCCGGUCAGAAACAAGGCGACAUGUUGCUGGUGGUGCCGGAGGGGGCGUUCGCCGUCCGGCUAGGGAACGAGGCGUCGAUCAAACAGAAGAUCAAAGUGGUUAAAGGAGUUUACUAUUCCAUAACGUUCAGCGCCGCCCGUACCUGCGCUCAAGAGGAGCGGCUGAACAUCUCCGUCGCGCCGGACUGGGGGGUUCUGCCGAUGCAAACCCUUUACAACAGCAAUGGGUGGGACCUGUACGCUUGGGCCUUCCAAGCCACGGCGGACGAGGUGGUUAUUCUGAUCCAUAACCCUGGCGAGGAGGAAGACCCGGCUUGUGGUCCCCUCAUCGACGCCAUUGCCAUUAAGACUCUCUACCCUCCCAAGGCCUCCAAUGAUAAUCUGGUGAAGAACGGCGAUUUCGAAAUAGGUCCAUACGUGUUCCCCAACGCAUCGUCGGGAGUUUUGGUCCCACCCAACAUCGAAGACGACCACUCUCCGAUCCCCGGCUGGAUGGUGGAGUCUCUCAAGGCCGUUAAAUACAUCGAUUCCGAUCACUUCUCCGUCCCCAGCGGGAAGCGCGCCGUCGAGCUCGUCGCCGGAAAAGAGAGCGCCAUAGCUCAGGUCGUCCGUACGGUUCCAGGGAGAACAUACAUCCUCUCGUUUGUCGUCGGCGAUGCAAGCAACUCGUGCGAAGGAUCCAUGGUCGUCGAAGCGUUCGCCGGUAAAAACACUCUGAAAGUGCCGUACCAGUCAAAAGGCAACGGCGGAUCGAAACCGGCGGCGCUGAAAUUCGUGGCGGAGUCGACAAGAACACGUAUUAUGUUCCUCAGCACAUUCUACACCAUGCGAAGCGAUGAUUUCUCGUCGCUGUGUGGGCCGGUGCUCGAUAAGGUGAAAUUGUUGAGCGUUCGAGGAAGAAAAUAAUAAUUUAUAAAUAUAUAUAUAUAUAUAUAUAUAUAUAUAUAUAUUUAUAUACGAUAUAUAAUUAAUAAUUUUCUAUGCGGAUAGGGCUUUUCUACAUAAUAGUGUGAUUUUAAGGGGGGACCAUUUUUCUGUAAUUGUGAUGUGCUAAAAAAUCGAGUUUAAUCGAUUUUUCUCUUAC